CUGGAUAGCAUGUUUCUAGGUUAUAGGAACUUGUAAUUACAUUAACGCGUACUUUACCGAUUUAAAAAUGGCAGAAGUUGGUUAACCGGAAAAAUGUCUGUUUUAGAAAAGCAAAAGAAAAGCAAAAAGUCUCUUGGAGACAUCCAGAUGGGAAUGAAAUGUCUCGUAGAACCAUCGUCUGGAGAUGUCAAAUUGGACUGCAAAGAUUGGCCCUUACUCUUCAAGAAUUUUGAUAAAAUGUUAACACGCACCAAACAUUUCACCCCUUUGACCAGUGGUUCUACACCGUUGCAUCGUAGUUUGUCGGAAUAUGUAAAAUCAGGGUGCAUUAAUCUUGACAAGCCUUCGAAUCCUUCCUCGCACGAAGUCGUAGCAUGGAUAAAAAAGAUAUUAAAAGUGGAAAAAACUGGUCACUCAGGCACGUUAGAUCCAAAAGUAUCAGGGUGUUUAAUCGUUUGUAUUGAUAGAGCAACGCGAUUAGCCAAAUCACAGCAGUCUGCAGGGAAGGAAUAUAUUGCAGUAUUUAAACUUCACUCAGCAGUUGAAAACGUUCAAAAAGUGGGCCAAGCUUUGGAAAGGUUACGUGGUGCUUUAUUUCAACGGCCUCCAUUAAUAUCAGCAGUCAAACGCCAACUCCGAGUGAGAACUGUAUAUGAUAGUUGGCUUUUAGAUUAUGAUGAAGAACGCAAUAUGGGAGUCUUUAGAGUAAGCUGCGAGGCAGGCUCUUAUGUUAGAACGAUUUGCGUCCACCUUGGAUUAUUUUUGGGUACUGGAUGCCAAAUGCAGGAGUUGCGUCGAAAUCGUUCUGGUAUACAAUCUGAAAAAGAUGGUAUGGUAACUAUGCAUGAUAUAUUAGAUGCCCAAUGGCUGUAUGAGAAUCAUGGGGACGACUCCUAUUUGCGAAGAGUUAUUAAGCCUUUAGAAGCCCUCCUGGUUAACCAUAAAAGAAUUAUUGUCAAGGAUAGCGCUGUGAAUGCGAUAUGUUAUGGUGCCAAAAUAAUGUUACCAGGCGUACUUCUUUACGAUGAUGGAAUUGAAUUGAAUCAAGAAAUUGUUAUUGUGACUACAAAAGGAGAAGCAAUUGCUUUAGCUAUUGCUCUGAUGACAUCCCCGACGAUGACAGCUUGUGAUCACGGUGUAGUAGCUAAGAUUAAGCGAGUAAUCAUGGAGAGAGAUGCAUAUCCAAGAAAAUGGGGUUUAGGGCCUAAAGCUUCUCAGAAGAAGCGCUUAAUAGUUGAAGGAAAAUUGGAUAAGCAUGGUAAACCAAAUGAGAAUACUCCAUCCACUUGGCUCUCAUCUUAUGUUGAUUAUUCAGAGUCUAAGACGGAGGAAAAUGGAGUGCAAGAAACUCCUGCUAAAAAAAGGAAGCGAGAUGAAAUAUCAACUGAAAGUCCUGAUAAGUCUACUACAACCCCAUCUAAACCUGUGGACAUAUCUACACCUAUGGACACGACAGGGCCAGAGCAAAUUAAAGUCGAAGCUAGUCAAGAAACUGAGAUACAGAAAGAAAAGAAGAAGGAGAAAAAGGAGAAAAAGAAGAAGAAGAAGAAGGAGAAGAAGGAAGCUGAAGAGUGUGAGCCUUCCGAGGUUAAAACUGAAACUGAGGAAUCACCAGUGAAGGAGCAAAAGAAAAAGAAGAAGAAAAAGAAUAAAGACGAAGAAGCUCCAACGAUAACCGAAGAGACUUCUUAAUUAUUCUGAACUGAGUUGUAAUGAUACAAUUGUAAUUAUGGGUAUUAUAUCCCAGAAGGGUGGCGCUUCUGAAAAAUGUAAACACAGUCAGUGAUUCACAAUAAGGUGUACUGCACAGCCAGACCUUAAAAAAAAAACGAACAUUAUCGAAGUGCGUUCCAGCAGAAUGAAAAAGUACUAUCACCGAUGUUACUACAUAUGAAACUAGUUGUAUACAAUGCGCAUAUAAUAUCGUAGUUUAAUUUUUUAAUUACAUUUUAUAAUAUAACUGGUAUUCAGUGGUCAUUGAAAGUGUACAAAAAUUAUGCAUACAGGACAAGUACGGCGCAAAAAAUAUUCAUUGUUUCAAUAUCCUUCUCAUUUUUGCGAGGAGGAAGUAUUGAGAUACAUGGCUUAAUAGAAUAAUGCGUUGUCACAAAUUUCUAUACAUGAGUUGAAAUUGGUUCAGACUUCAUUUAUUUUUGUUACUAAUCAUUCCCAUAGAUUAUCACAAGAUGUAUGCAAGAAAUUCAGUUACUACAUAUAACGUUCAGUUACUAGUGAAUGUUUUGCACUGAAAUUUUCCAAGUGAUUGCAAGAUUAUAAUAAAGUUUUUAUGUUUUCCUUUACAAAUACAGCUAAAUGAUUUUAUAUGCAACCAGUAAAAACUAUUUUGAAAUAUUCGCUUUUUUAUCUCAAUUGUUAUAAUUUCUAAUUACUGUGUAAGAAUGUUUUCAAGAUAAACAUCAAUUGUAAAUGUAUGCUUCCAUUCUUGAUCAUGUUGACGAUGAUUAUUUUCUAAAAAUAUAUAUUUUUUUUCCUUUUUAGUGAUAUCACUUGUAAUAAAGAAAGUGAGGAUAA